CGGCGCUGAGCCCUCGGCUACGAGGGCCAGGCGCUGGCGGAAGUGGCGACGCUGGCGUCCCCGGAGCCUACAGAGGGCGGCAGUGACGGGCCGGGCGCUGACGGCAGCGACCCGGGGGGUGGCGUGGACGCCCACGGCGCGGGCUGGGGCAUCACCGCGGGCCUCGACCCCGAAAUGGCGCUGCUCGCGGAGCACCUGCUGAAGCCGCUGCCCGCGGACAAGCAGAUCGAGACCGGGCCCUUCUUGGAGGCGGUGUCCCACCUGCCGCCCUUCUUCGAUUGCCUCGGGUCUGCAGUGUUCACGCCCAUCAAGGCAGACAUAAGCGGCAACAUCACGAAAAUCAAAGCGGUGUAUGACACCAACCCAGCCAAGUUCCGGACCCUGCAGAACAUCCUGGAGGUGGAGAAGGAAAUGUACGGGACAGAGUGGCCCAAAGUGGGGGCCACGCUGGCGCUGAUGUGGCUGAAAAGGGGCCUGCGCUUCAUCCAGAUCUUCCUCCAGAGCAUCUGUGACGGCGAGCGGGACGAGAACCACCCCAACCACAUCCGCGUCAACGCCACCAAGGCCUACGAGAUGGCGCUCAAGAAGUACCAUGGCUGGCUUGUGCAGAAGAUCUUCCAUGCAGCGCUCUAUGCGGCCCCCUACAAAUCCGACUUCCUCAAAGCGCUCUCCAAGGGGCAGAAUGUGACGGAGGAAGAGUGCCUGGAGAAGAUCCGCCUGUUCCUGGUCAACUACACGGCCACCAUCGACGUCAUCUACGAGAUGUACACCAAGAUGAACGCGGAGCUCAACUACAAGGUGUAGGCGGUGCCCGCGGGCCGCUGCGCGCAGACCCGAGCGAACCUGAAUCACUGUGAACCAAGCCCGCUAGCCGGCCACGCCCUGCCCGCGGCCCCCACGCCAGCCUGGGCUACAGGGCACAGCCGUGGGGUUUUAAAAGUCUUUUUCUUUUUUAGUUUAUUCUAAUGGAGCAAUAAAUAAUGAUCCUCUUCCAAGUCGGACUUGCACAACAGCACAGACUGACUGUACACCUUCCUUUCAGUGUGAUAAGAAUCAAUUAACCAGCCCGGCUGGGUGGCGCAGGCCGGUAAUCCCAGUUACGUGGGAGGCUGAGACAGAGGAUCCUAAGUUUGAGCCCAGCCUGGGGCAAAUUAGCGAGAUCCUAUCUCAAAAGAAAAAUUUUGAAGAGUUUGGGGCAUGGCUCGGGGGUACAACACUUGGCUAGUAUGCGUGAGGCCCUGGGUUCAAUCCCCGGCACCACAAAAACAUAAACACAAAUAAGUAAAAUUAACGUUUCUAACAAAUCAAGUCCUAGGGUUUUGCCCCCCACGCCCCAGGAGCACUGCCCUGGAGGAGCAGUACACUCUUCACAUCCCAGGGAAGCUUUCGCUCCUUUGAGGAGCUGGCUGCAUGAUGCUUUGGGUAUUUUAGGGACCAUGAAGAAUCUGAUUCAAAAUUUUACAGGAUCCUUAUUGUGGCGUUCUUUAAAAGAGCAAACUGGUGUGUGUUCUAGUGCAGUUUGCACAGCCCGGCUGCAUAGUGCUGUCAUUAGAAGCCAUCUGCCUUUGGCCAGACAGUCUUUGUUUUUAGGGUUGUUUUUUUUUUAAAUAGCUGAAACCAACCAGCAAGCCUUUGAUGACCAAGGGGCCACUUUUUUGCAAGCUACUGGGCACAAACAGUUGACCACUGAUGACUGUAUCUGCAUUCUUGUGCAUAAUUAUUUUCUUCAGGGACAGCUCUUCCAGCCUAAGAAACAAGUGGAUUUCUGGAGAGGGAGAAACGUGCCCUCCAGCUGCAGAGACUCACAAAGCCACCUCAAUGCCUUAAUGGUCCUUCCUGGCGCUAAAAAGAGCUUAUAUUUUUUAAAGUAUUGGGGCAAACCAAGCAACCCCAAAAGAUUUGACAUGUGUUUUAAUAACAAACCCAGUGAGGAACAAUGGAUGGUUUUUAUGCAGAAACUAAAUGAUCCUUAAUAAAUAAAUCUCUAUUUUGGAAUCACA